UGGUCUGCCACAGCUAAAGCCCCAAGCGCCCCCAAGAACAUCGCCCCCGGCUUUCACGCUUCGUGGCCGCCCUGACCUUUUCCCAACUUGCAUCUCCAGCCGCAUCACCAUUUUCCCUUGCACACAAACACAAACAUCUUCAUGGCCUGCUGACAACAUCAUCCGUCUCCAGCUUCGACCAAAUAUUCUUCUGUGCACAUUUUAACACACGCCAGACGCAUCAGUAUCCCGUUUCCAGCAUCCGCGGGCCAUGGGACAGUCUUCAUAGCACCACGCAGCAAGUUCCCAUCCAACCCCGACGACGUAGCUUCGCACAGCCUCGUUCGCCCCAACAUCGCCAAUGAAUAGCACCGCCCACCCUCGCAAUAUCAACCCUUCAUAGCUGCCGGAAUGGCUUCAGAUGAAUUCGCAGCGCCGUCGACGCGCGAUGAAAAGCUGCCGCCGCUGGUAGAUCCCUUUGAGCAGCUUCCCGACGAAAUCAUCCAACAGAUUUUAAAGUCUGCUGGUCCUGAAGGCUUCGCUUGUCUUACUCUAUUAAACCGACAAUGGCGGAGGGCCUCGUCCCAGCCGUCCCUCUACGAACUUCACUUACGGCGGUGCCCGUCCUACGCCGCCAGCCAUCUAUCUCUACCCCCCUCACAACAAAGCAAUCUCGAUCAGUUGAGGCGACUGUUUGCCGCCGAAGUAAAAAGAAACCUCUUCGAACCAUAUACCCGAACCUCCGAAACAAUAAUCAAGCUUAUAUCCACUUCCAACAGCUCGUCGUCAUGCCCAGGUGGCGAAGGCAUGCACUUUAAUGCAUCAGCCCGGGGACACCAUGUACUGGCGUAUAACUCGUCGAGAUUAUACGUUAUUGACGUUCGUGGCCACGACAUUGAAGUCAAGAGAGAGUUCAAGAUUCGUCGCCGCCCAGCGUUGGCAUGCGUCGCGGACAAUGCUGAAGUGCUUGCUGUAGUCUCGGACGAGAUGCAGGUGGACGUAUAUACCCUUACCUCGUCCCCGCCGAAGAAGAAACCUACCAUGAUUCUCGAUACAAAACCCCGUGCCAUUGCCCUGUCUGCCUGCGGAUCGGUUCUCGCCAUUGCAUACGACCACGGCAUCGAGGUCUCGUCUCUUGUUGCUGGUGCCAUGCCCACCGACCGACGAGCCGUAAAGUGUGAUCCAGUCGAUUCACUAGCAUUUUCUUUUGACGGAACACAACUCCUUGGAACAACAGUCCAUACUACCUCCCCUUGUACCGUCGUGAUUACAGCGCCCUACUUUGACCCAGGUAACCUGCUUUCUGAAGGAAACAUUGCAUCCAUGUGGACGACAUCGAUUCUCUUUCCCAAUACGAGCCACGAUUCGAGUCACGCUGUCCUCUUACAGAACGGCACUUUUGAGGAGGCCACCUGGGCCUUUACUUACGACCGCAGUUUUGAAGCCUUCCGUGCGAUACGCAUCGAAGAUUUACGCAACGGCACUACGUACUUUACCGGGCCGGAACCAAAGGAUGCAUCCACAGCUACCUUGCUUCCUUGCACUCUUCCGGCAACCACAUAUCAGAAACAGCUUGCUGCUGCGGGCUUUGAUGGCAAAGAGGUCUGGAUUUACGGCAUCCCUGAAGACCUGGAUGCCAUUCCUGGCGGUGCUGCAUCCAAUGGUGACCAUCUAAGUGUGUCUGCUGCUCUUGGACGACAUAGCAGCCAGCACAGCAAUAUAUCACGUAACAGCUCUUCUAGAAGCAGAAACGCACCUGAACCGGGAAACAGAAUGCCUCAGUGGCAAGUCCUGUGCGACAAACAGCGUAACAACAUUGUUACCGGCUGCAAGGUUUCAGAGUUGCCUGGUCUAAGUAACCUUAACUGGGUGGAAGGCUACGGUGGAUCGUCGCUCAAGGAGCGAUUGAUUGCUACUGCCCGCGGGGUUUCUGGCCCCGUUCUGGCCACUGAUGAAGAAGACAUGGACUUUGUGGACGGCGGCCGAAUCGUCCUCAUUGACUUUGACUUUGGCUUUUCAGAUGGUCAACGCCGCGAAAUUUCCAUCGAGUUAGGGUCCGAUGAGGCUGAAUCUCUCGAAGAAGAGAAGCGAGACCUGGAAACCGAAGUUGCCAUUGUCCGGCGCCGUACUGUGGCACAACGCCGAAACAACAACCCAUUGUUGCGAGCUGCUACUACUGCUAGCGCUACAGUCUCCGUACCACUACCAGAAGAACCAGAAGAUGAUCCCCUUAUCCCGCGCCGUAUGGGGCAGAACCCUCUAUCACAGCCCGCGGCUGUUGAGGAAGAAGAGGAGGCUGAGGGUGGGCUCUCUAUUGCUGCCAUGGAAGCUCUGGACGCCCCUUAUGCGCAUGCUAGCCCACGAUCUACAACGACCCUUCGCCGCGCUGCUACUGCCGCCGCGGUGAAUCGUGCAAGGAAUCCACGCACAGCUGAUGGCCGCCCCAUUGAAUACAGACGUGCUGAUGGUCGUCGUGAGCAUCCCCAUCCAGCAGAUGGAGACAACUGGGUUCCUCCUCCGCCCCCUUACCAAGCUGAUGAUCCUGGAGAUUUACCACCGUUUUUGCGAGGCCCUGCUGUAGCACCGCUGGCGUCACCACCACUCCAAGCAAACUCCAUGCUGACACGGUCCAACACGCUGGCAUCUACAAGCUCGUCAUACCUACAGCGACGACAAUCAAGGCAACGAACAGGCAGCGACUCCACGACCUAUAGUGCCCGUCCACGCCCUGAGGAUUUUUCACGACCCAAGUCUAGUCCUUCAUUAGCGCAGGCAUCCUUUCAACCCUUUGCCGGCGGCUCUACAUCUGUGGAUGUCCCUGAUACCGAUUCAAGCGCAGUUAUUGACACGGAGCAGCAACAACAUCAGCCUGAGUCUCCUGUUCUAACCAGCGCAACCGGUGGUCUGCCCAUACUUCGCCGAGCAAGCAACGCAUCAAUGAGCCAGCCUUCUAGCCGUCAGGCAUCAGGCAACCAGCCUGUGAUCAAGAGACGGCCAGUCCGUCCGUCAGUAGACGUUGAUAUAUCACCCAACGAUAUCUCGCCUCUGGGCAGCACCCUCUCGGGACCUUUCCGCGGCUUAGCCACUGCUCAGACAUGGCCACGGGCUCCGGAGAAUCCCCAACCUUCCUCGAGUGGCUCGCAAACUGGCUCAACGAACCCGAUAUCCCCUGUUGGUGGUAGAGCUGUCGUGGAUGAUACUGCUGCAUCACUACCGCCAGCACCUAGUUCUGAACAGCUUGCCCGCCUCAACAGACAUUCCACAUUAGGGCUCAGCCCACGGAGCCAGGCUUACCAAUCAUCAUCGCAGUGGCAUGUAGGUCCUUCUGAGACGAUUGCAGCUUGGCACGCAGCCAACUAUGUCACAUCACCCAGCGGAACCUUGGAGGAUGAACCGACACUAAAUCCCAACGAAGACCGACCUCUGAUUAUUAGUACUCCGAGUGGCGUCUCUGGAGCAUACGACUCUGAAAAGGGACGGAUGGCGUCAUCAACAGGAGAUGCUAUGCUAGCCCCAGUUCCACGCCGACCGCGUGCCAAUAUUCCCUUCAAUCCCGGACAAAGGUCAACAGUUGUACAGCCUAUCUACUCUGCAGCGGACGUGGCGGCCUCUCAGGAACAACGGCAGCAAUCCGAGCGACGAGGCAGUUUGGUUCCCGCUUGGCUCUCUUCGCCGCCAACAGGAAGCCGCCAAUCCUUAGGUGUGAGCCGAAAGCCCAGCAGAGCAGAGCGCAGCGCGGCUAAGAACAUGCACGACGCACGUAAGAAGGGCUGGCGGCCGAAGUCGAAGAAGGGCAAGGCAGUUGCUGGCUCUGAGGAUCACGAUUGGGCAGAUGUGUCGCCAACAACAGCACCAAAGGACAAGAAGUGUGUGGUCAUGUAAACUGACAGAAAACAUUUGCACGAACGUCUUUUUUUAUAUCAUUGCAUUAUCUAGCGUGUAUUUUACCUAUACUGGCGUACAGCGCCUUGAGCUUAGCUGGCUGAACAUAAUACCACUUAUAGUCUUCUGUUUUUCAC